AUGCGUGGUGAAUGUCCGGUACCCCGCUGUGGUGGUUUCUUGGAACUCUACGGUUGUCGCGAGGUUCUGCCAAAGAUUCUUUUCGAUCGGUGGGAUAAGUUAUUGUGUGAAGCUGCUGUUGUUGAGAAUGAGAGCGAGAGAUUCAUGUAUUGCCCCUUCAAGGACUGCUCUGCCCUUAUGAUCGUCAACGAUGAUUCACCGACGGAAUCAGAAUGCUCUAACUGUAAUAGACAUAUCUGCGUCACGUGCGGGGAAGUUUGGCAUCAUGAGAUCACGUGCGAAGAGAAUGAAGAUAGAGUGGUGAUGGAGGUAGCGGCAAAGAACCGGUGGAAGAGGUGCCAAACUGCAGGUUCUUUGUUGAGAAAAGACGUUUCAGCUGCGAUAAAAUCUUUUGCAGGUGCGGACAUUUGUUCUGUUAUCGCUGUCGAAAUAGUUUGGGUUCUCCGUCCAUCUGUGAGUGUUAUCACAUCGCCACCCUACUCCGUCCCAUGA